AUGCUGGCUAGUGGUUCCCCUGAAGAGGUUGCUCCAAGCAAUACCGAGACUAAAGAAUUAGAAUCCACUCCUAAGGUCAAGCAAGAAGAAUUGUCCCCAGUAAAUGAUGAAGUAUCAAUUUCGAAUGGGAAUGGCGCAGAUCUGCAUCAAGAAACACCACAGAGUAAUGAAAGACAGGUUUUGCCAGAUCAACCAGACUUGAAGGUAAUUCAACGAAAGAUAACUGGUUAUGUUGGUUUUGCAAAUCUGCCAAAGCAAUGGCACCGCAGGUCGAUCAGAAACGGUUUCAAUCUCAACCUCUUAUGCGUUGGUCAAAAGGGGCUAGGUAAGUCCACUUUGAUCAACACGCUGUUUAAUAAAGACCUCUAUGAUUUGUCAGAGCGCCCUGUAACUGAAAUGGCUGACUUGAAGUUAGAGGAUGGAGUCAACCCUCCAGAACAAUUGGAGGAAGAGCAACCCACCAUCAAGAUUGAAACGGUGUCGACGGAGAUCGAGGAGAAUGGGGUGAGAUUAACUUUAAACGUGGUUGAUGCUCAAGGGUUUGGCGAUGCAAUUGACAACACCGACUCUUGGAAUCCCAUUGUUGACGAAAUUAAUUCCAGGUUUGAUCAGUACCUGGAUGCAGAAAAUAAGAUCGAGAGAACUGUCAUUACAGACAACAGAAUUCAUGCCUGUUUAUAUUUCAUAGAACCCACCGGGCAUUGUCUUUCUCCUCUGGACAUUGAAUUUUUCAGGGCAGUUCAUGAAAAAUGUAACCUAAUUCCAGUAAUUGCGAAAUCUGAUAUUCUAACAGAUGAAGAAAUUGAGAAAUUCAAAGUAACCAUAAAAGAUCAGUUGAAUGAAGCAGAAAUCAAGCUAUUUGAGCCCCCAAAGUACUUAAUUGACGAUGAGGAGACCACUAACAGAUCUGACAAGUUACAUUCCAAAAUACCCUUUGCUGUGGUAGGAUCUACCUCCGAUGUUUCCACUCCAGAUGGGCGUGUCGUAAGGGGUCGUGCUUACCCAUGGGGUAUCAUCGAAGUUGACAACGAAGCACAUUCAGACUUCGUGUACCUGCGUGAUCUCCUAGUUAGACAAUACUUGGAGGAACUGCGUGAAAGGACUAGCAAUAUACUCUAUGAAAACUACAGAUCUGAAAAGCUGAAGAACCUCGGUAUUAAACAGGAUAACUCUGUCUUUAGAGAAUUUGACCCUGAUUUGAGACAAAAGGAAGAAAAACAGUUGCAUGAAGCUAAGCUUGCAAAAUUGGAAGCUGAAAUGAAAGCGGUUUUCCAACAGAAGGUCAAUGAGAAGGAAAAAAAGCUACAAAAAUCGGAAGCUGAACUAUUUGCCAGACAUAAGGAAAUGAAAGACAAACUAACGAAGCAGUUGAAAGCACUAGAAGACAAGAAACACCAAUUGGAAAUGUCCUUGGUCAAUCAAUCUGCGAACUCCCCAGUGCAAACCAAGAAAAAGGGGUUUUUACGUUAA